AUGAUCUGGACACUCGCUCCCUUUGUGGCACUCCUGCCACUGGUAACUGCCCAGCAGGUGGGAACUACAGCGGACGCCCAUCCCAGACUCACCACGUAUAAAUGUACUUCACAGAACGGUUGCACGAGGCAGAACACCUCAGUCGUCCUUGAUGCAGCAACCCAUUUUAUCCACAAGAAAGGAACACAAACAUCCUGCACCAACAGCAACGGCUUAGACACUGCCAUUUGUCCGGACAAACAGACCUGCGCGGACAACUGUGUCGUUGAUGGGAUCACGGACUACGCUAGCUACGGCGUCCAGACGAAGAAUGACACGUUGACCCUUCAACAAUACCUGCAAACUGGGAAUGCCACAAAGUCCCUGUCACCGCGCGUCUACCUCCUCGCUGAAGACGGAGAGAACUAUUCCAUGCUGAAACUCCUGAAUCAGGAAUUCACCUUCGAUGUCGACGCCUCCACCCUCGUCUGCGGCAUGAAUGGUGCUCUAUAUCUCUCUGAAAUGGAGGCUUCUGGCGGAAAGAGUUCCCUAAAUCAAGCCGGAGCCAAAUACGGAACCGGUUACUGUGAUGCCCAAUGCUACACCACGCCUUGGAUCAACGGCGAAGGCAACACCGAGAGUGUCGGUUCCUGCUGUCAGGAAAUGGAUAUUUGGGAAGCCAACGCCCGAGCAACAGGGCUUACACCACACCCUUGCAACACAACCGGUCUGUACGAGUGCAGCGGCUCAGGAUGCGGAGACUCCGGGGUCUGUGACAAGGCCGGCUGUGGAUUCAAUCCAUAUGGCCUAGGCGCAAAGGACUACUACGGUUACGGUCUCAAGGUCAACACCAACGAGACAUUCACUGUCGUAACUCAGUUCCUCACAAACGAUAACACAACUUCGGGCCAGCUCAGCGAAAUCCGCCGUCUCUAUAUCCAGAACGGCCAGGUCAUUCAAAAUGCUGCCGUUACCUCUGGAGGAAAAACUGUCGACUCAAUCACAAAGGACUUCUGCAGCGGCGAAGGAAGUGCCUUCAACCGACUUGGCGGCCUCGAGGAAAUGGGCCACGCCUUGGGCCGCGGCAUGGUUCUUGCGCUCAGUAUCUGGAACGAUGCAGGCUCAUUUAUGCAAUGGCUUGAUGGUGGCAGUGCCGGACCGUGCAACGCAACGGAGGGAAACCCGGCGUUGAUCGAGAAGUUGUAUCCGGAUACUCAUGUGAAGUUUUCCAAGAUUCGGUGGGGAGAUAUUGGAUCUACCUACAGGCAUUAG